CCUCUAACCCCCUCAGGAGGGCGCGUGAAGACGUGGAAGAGACGAUGGUUCAUCCUCACAGACAACUGCCUGUACUACUUUGAGUACACUACUGAUAAGGAGCCUAGGGGUAUCAUCCCUCUGGAGAAUCUGAGUAUUAGAGAGGUGGACGACUCCAAGCAAGCAAACUGUUUUGAGCUGUUCAUCCCAGACCACAGGGAUCAGGUGAUCAAGGCGUGUAAGACCGAGGCGGACGGACGUGUUGUCGAGGGCAACCACACCUUCUAUCGAAUCUCCGCCCCCACAGCCGAGGAAAAGGAGGAGUGGAUCACCAGCAUCAAAAAAGCCAUCAGCAGGGACCCCUUCUACGAGAUGCUGGCAGCCCGGAAGAAAAAGGUGUCUGCCCUGACAAGCCUGUAGGAAAGACCCAGGCUCCAGCACUUCAGCAGGAGGAGCAGGCCUCACUCUACUCUACAACCCAGUGUUUGUGCCCAUGGACCUGAACUAAAGGACCUAUGGAACUGUGUACACAAGAAAGCAGAAGAUCCCCAAAGCCUGUUGAAAGUCUAGGUGGAAGCUGUCAUCAUAUUGAUCUUGCUUUCUUCAGAUUCACAAACACUGGAGUGAAAGGAUUAUGAAGGGGCACAGGUUUGGGACAGAGAUCAGGAAUGCAGAGAGGAUUAGAUUUCCUUUUUCAGCGCCCUCUACAGGAAGUUACGUCAUGCAAUAUUAUGCUUUGAUACAAAAUUAACAGAGGAAGGUAACAUGAAUCUAUUUUUACACAAACCUCUUUUUCUGAGGGUUCUUCUCAUAGUGCUGUUGUUACUACAGAGCAUAAUCUCUUUCUGAAUAGUUCCCAUAACAAACCACCACUGUUUCUCCUUUCUCUCUCUCUCUGUCUUUCUUUCUUUGUUUCCAUGUUUGUUUACAUUUACAUUUUAGUCAUUUAGCAGAUACUCUUAUCCAGAGCGACUUAUAGUUAGUGAGUGCAUACAUUAAAUUAAAUUGUGUCCGGGUAAUUGGCAGGGCUGGGAAUUGCCAGGGACUGACCUCACGAUGCAAUA